AUGUCAUCUGUACCUUCUUCUGUGAAACCAGUGGAAUCGAUUAUUGAUAAAGAUACUGAAAAACAAUCUUCGGGUCACUUUAAAUCUUUAUUUGAUCAGUAUGCAGAAUGGUUUACCCCAAGUACAAGUGCUGCAAUUAUUGAGUCAUUGUCAGAAAUCCAUUCGCUACAGUCUAAUAAUGAUUUAUCACAUUUGAAUCAUCGUAUUAUUUCACUGGUUUAUAAUCAAUUGGCUGAACUUAUUGAAAAAUUUAUCUUAAUCGGUGAUACAUUGUCCAACGAUGAAUGUAUUUUAAUAAAAAACUGUCUUCAAUUUAUCGUCAAUGUAUUAAUAUCAGCGUGCAACAUUGAUUUUGACAAUAAGAAUAGAAAGCAUGAUGGAGAUGACGUUAAUAAUAAAGAUGAUGCCUCAAACUUAUUGAUACGAGAAAUUCUAUAUCGUGAAAUAAUUCCAUUAAAUGAUUCAUUUUUGAAAUUUAUACAAUGUGCCAGUUUGAAUACCAUGGAAAAUUAUCAACAUAUUUUCAGCAAAUUAUGUGAGGUUUUAAUUCAACGUAAUGAAAUGAUGAUUUUACAAUUAAACUUUUUGAAAAAAGAUGAAUUAUCAAAUCUCAAACACAAUAGAGAUAAUCAGCUACUUUUUGAUACAUUUGCUCAAUAUAUGACUUCAUCACAUGGUGUUAGUCGUUAUCUAGAAGCAGUAAAACGACUUAAUAUUAGAUCGACAAGUGAAUGUGAUAGUAUUUUAUUAUUUAAUAUUUUUAAUUUAAUUAUUAAUAAUAUUCUUUAUACAGAACAGUUUCGAACAAUAUUUUGUAGUAAUUUUUGGUUACCAAUGUAUGAACAUUUGUUGAAAGGAUUAUUACCAACAGCAGCAGUAAUAGGAGAAGAAAAUGAUAUUUAUCUUAAAUUAAAUGUAAUCAAAUAUUUAAUUACGGAUCUAGUGAAUAUGCAACCAACAGUAGAACGUCUAUUCACGUUGCUACAAAGACCAGUAGAAAACUUUGCAUUGAAAGAUGAAUAUUUGUCAAUAAUCAAAAUGUUACUACCUUGGUUUUCUAAUCCACAUAUUCUGAAAGGUAUUUGGAAAAAUGAUAUGGAUAAUGAUUAUGGUACAAUACCAUUCGAAUGGGAUAAUAACUUUGAUGAAAAUACGACUAAAACUUUAACAAUUACAUUCGUUACAUGGGCAAUCUUACAGUUAAUUCUAUUUUUUAUUAAUGCCAAUAGUGAUUGUCUUACGGAAGUGAAACAUAAUACUGACAUGAAAGAAAUAUUAUUGCAAUUUUUGAAUCAAAUAAAGAAUGGUAAUCCAAUUAAAUUACUUGUCUACAAUAUUCUGGCACCACUACUAGAUGAAAAAGAUAUUCAAAAUGAAACGAGUUUUACAAAAGAAAUAAUUACAACAUUAAUAGAUUCUAUACGCAAUGCUAAUCAAGAGUCAACAACUGGUGACAUGCAAGUUCUUUUACGUUUAAGCGAUUUAAUAACAUUGUUGACAACACUCAAAGCAUUUCUACAAUUCAAUCAAUUGAAAGCUGACUUUGUUCGAAAUAAUGGCUUAGAAUUGUUAAUGGAAGUAGUGAUGAAAAAAUCGUGGCAUAAAAAAAUGUCUCAAACAUCCAUAUCGAGUAGUGUUGACGAAUCAACCAUGGAUUGUUUGGAUAAUUUUGAAAUUCCAUUAGGUAAACAAUUUUUUCGUACUAAUACUAAAAAAGCAACCGAAGAAGUACACCAAUUAGCAUUGGAAUGCUUUUUUACGAUGUCUUUUAAUGCAGAAGCAGCACAGCUAUUGAAAAGUAAUCAAUUAUUUAUGAAUCAUAUUCAAAAACUUGCUGAAGAUAAGAAUAAAACAACAAAUCUUGGUCUGAAAAAAGCAGUAGAUAGUAUUCUCUGGAAAUUAGAAAAGGAAAAUGAAUUUAAAAAGCAACAAGAAGAUAUGACAACAAGCGAAAAUACACUAUUUGAUUUCAUGAUAAGUUAUAGUUGGGGCGAUAAACCAUUAGUACAUCAAAUAUACAAUUAUUUAACCCAACAGUACAAUUAUCGAGUAUGGUUAGAUGAAAAUGAAAUGAGUGGUUCUUUAUGUCAAGCAAUGGCACAGGCAAUUGAAAAAUCGGAAAUAAUUCUUAUAUGUAUGUCUGAAACAUAUAAACAAAGCGAAAAUUGCCGUAAUGAAGCCGAAUAUGCGCAUGAUCGAAAGAAAAAAUUUAUUCCACUAAAAAUGAGAGAAGUUGAAUUGGAUGAUUGGCUCGGAUUCAUGGUUGCCGGAAAAUUGUAUAUUAAUUUUGAAAAGAACAACUUUGAAAAAAGUAUGGGCUUGUUAAUAGCUGAAAUUGAACGAUAUCAAUCUGCGAAAGGAACGACUAAACAAAUUGCUAGAGUGAAAAGAACAGAGCCUGUUGCCAAUGCUCCUAUAUUGCAAACUGCAUCUACAACUGCAUCGUCGAUCUCAAACCCACUUAUUCGUCCGAAUCUUAUCUCAGCUGACUACCAACAAAUUCCGAUUGUAUUAUGGUCUAAACAACAUGUUCGAGAUUUUCUUCUCGAUGAAAAACUAGAUACGAUGAUUUUAUUAACUGAAAAUAUGAAUGGUGAAGAGCUUUGUGUAUUUUCGGCACAAUGUAACCUGCAAAAACAAGAUUGGUCCAUGUUUGAUCGUCUGAAUAAUGAACUGGGAAAACGAUAUCAACAAACACUUCCGAUGUCAGUUUAUUUACGAUUUUUGCAUCAAAUAUCAAAGUACUUAAAUAAAUGCACAUCGUUUUAA